UUCCAAACACUCUUCAGGCUCUUUCGAAAUGUUGUGCUGUUCAGCAAUUGACCCGAAAUAAAAUGUCAACUCGCAUGACACUUUUCCGAUAAGAUUUAGAGUAUUUAGAGUAUCAUAUAGACGACGUGCGAGAUAUAUACGUCCGAAGAGGAAUGAUCUUUCGGAAGCGUCUCGGAGAGUUCCGUUUGUUGAGAGAUAAACGCGACAGAUCCUCAGGUAUUUCCUCAGACGGAUGAAUACUUGAAGAAGGGCGAGAAUAGAGAUAGGGAGGCCCUAAGUGCGCGCGCUCGUCUCCGAACUCCCCGCGAGCUGUAUAUCGGAGGUGUUGGCCAUCAAGAGGUCAUCACCGCAUGGCAAGGUUAUCGUCGGAUUUAAAAAAAAGCGGGGAGAUUUUUGUACGCGGUCAGCGUGGCUCAACCGGCCAGUUCGUCGAAAACGUCGUACGUCGACGGUGACGCUUCCGUUGGCUUAUCUGUUUGCGUCGCGAUUGAGAUUUCCAUUCAAACGCGUCGGAGACGGUCCAGCCGUUUGUCUUCGACGGAGAGUGCUCAGAUCAACAACUCCGGUUUCGGAGAGACAGAACUUUCCAGAUCCUCAAUCUCGAGAUCCUAGAAAUUUAAUCAAGAUUAAAUCCUCUUCUCUGAUCCUCGAUGAGGAUUGAGAAUUAGCGUCGGCAAUUAUAGCGUCGAGAGCGAUUAAUCGUUUCUUUUACCCGGUUACCCUGGCAAUCGGCAUGACGAUCUCGAUGACCGAGCUGGACAUAGAGAAGAAGGCGAUCGGACGUUGCGGGCGCAGCCAUCGUCUUCGCUUCUGGAGCGCCUGGAUCUACUGCGGCGUCUUCGCGAUGAGCUCCGCCGUCUUCUACGCGUUCUGGUACACGGACGCGUUCAACGACUACGUGCUGUCGCAGAUGGAACUGCGCAACGGCACCCGCGCCUUCGACUGGUGGCAGCGUCCGCCCACCAGGAUCAAGUACAACAUCCGCAUCUUCAAUUACACGAACGUGGACGAGUUCCAGGCGGGGGUGGCGAGCAAGCUGCGCGUCGAGGAGCUCGGUCCCUACGAGUACCGCGAGACCCUGAGUCGCGAGAACGUGGCGUUGCACGAUAAUGGCACGGUCACCUACCAGGACAAGAGGUCCUUCGAGUGGGUGGGCGGCCGACCCGGCAACGACACCAUCGUGGUGCCGAACGUGCCGUUGAUGUUCACCACUGCGUACGUCCGGGACCUCGGCUUCGCGGUGCGAUUCUUCAUUCACACGGUGCUGUCGAGUCUGGGGGAGUCGACGUUCGUCAACGUGACCGCCGACGGUUUCCUCUGGGGAUACGACACUCAGCUCUUCGAAAUGGCCAGGCCGCUGAUGAUGCUCCAGCGGAAGAUACCCUUCGAAAAGUUCGGCUUAAUGGCCAUGAAAAAUGGUAUCGAUGUGGAUCACAUCACGAUGCACACGGGAUCGAAAGGCAUGGAAAAUCUCGGCAUGAUCGAACGAGUGAACGGGAUGGACGACCGGCACAUUUGGGAUGACGAGCGAUGCGAUAAGGUCAGGGGCUCCGACGGCACCACAUUUCCGCCCAACGUGAUAGAGGACACAAGCAAACCUAUCUACGUGUAUUCUAAGGACAUUUGCAGGCAGCUACCCUUCUAUUUCACCGAACAAGUGAUCACUUACGGCAUGCCUUCCCUAAGAUACAAAUUCACCCCGGAUGCAUAUAACUUUUCGAACAAGCAAAACGAGUGCUUCUGCCAAAAAGUACACGGCACGAGAGUCUGCCCGCCCACGGGACUCUUCAACAUGUCCGCGUGCAGCUUUGGCUCGCCCUUGCUCUCGUCGUUCCCGCAUUUUUAUGGCGCCGACAAGUCCCUGCUGGACCAAAUAGAUGGCUUGAAUCCACGGCAGGAAGAUCACGAGAGUUUCGUAGACCUACAUCCGCGCCUGGCGGUCGCCAUGGCCGGCUGGUCGAGGCUGCAAGUGAACCUGGAGGUGCGAAGGGCGAUCGGCGUGCCGUUCCUCGGGAAUCUGAAAGACGGCACGAUUCUUCCGCUUAUCUGGCUCGAGGUUGGAACAGACGAGGUUCCGGAACAGGUAUUGGAGGUCCUUCAGAGUGCGCAUUUCACAGCUGCCAACGUGGAGAUGGCCGCGCAAUGGGGCAGUCUGAUAGCAAUGAUACUCUCCUUGACCGCUAUGAUUGCCUGUCUCUGGAAAUAUCGCGUGGAACAAGACGUGGUUCUCCAGAAAAACUCUUUCAUUCAGAACAACCUUCUCGAGGUCUGAUCGGAACGGAAACCGCUCGGAGAGAAGGAACGAAUGAGAGGAGAUCCUUGAUCCACCUAGGGAAAGAAAAAAAGAAUUCCGAGGUAAUACGGAUGUAAGGGAAUACUGAAAGGUCUAAUUUUUUAGACGUUUUGAACUUUUUAAACGCCUCGAGGGGUUUUUCGUGCUCGAUCAGUCGACAUUCGACUUGAGACAGAAGAUGCGAAUCGUUAGUCUCUCGUAGAGUUGCACGGGAGAACGAAUUUGUAUCGUCAAGUAGAGCUCGGUAACGUUAAUAAUUGUUGUGCAAUUGGAAUAAUGUACGUUACUGGCAAACUGGCUUCGAUGCGCGCGGAGGGAAUCCGUCAUUGCGAACAAUUUCAGCGUGAUAAUGACAAUUUGCCACGUUUCUUGGAGACAAAAUUUAUACUGCUUGCGGAAAUAUUGCUCGUCUGUUUUGAAAUAAUUUAUUAACGACAUAUUGCGCUUUAACAAAGCAUUUACCGAGCGAUUUUAUUAUACUUUGGAUCUUACGAAUAAAUAGGGAUGAUGCUUUUACUUUUGUUUGUCGAAUGAUAAUAUUCUCAAAAAUAUGGAUAAAAAUGUUAAUACCCGCUCGUGAAAUAAAUGUAUUUUUUUUAGAUAAAGGAUGAAUUAAAAACGAA